ACACUCCCACUAGAGUCUAUUUAAAAAAGAAGUCAGUGGGGAAUCAUUAAUCAUAAGAGCAAGUCAUCAAAGGAACUUCUUGGCUUCAUUCGCAGAGUGAAAAUGGUGAAAUAUCAGGUGACCAUAACCACUGGCAGUAUCGCUGGUGCUUCCACUUUUAACCAUAUCUUCAUUAAGCUGGUGGGGACAGAUGGGGAGAGUGGUCGCAGUUGGCUCAGAAACUUCAAAGGGGCUUUAGCCUUCACCCCUGGAGCAGUGUCUUCUUUUUCCAUCUGCAACUCUGCCUCUAUUGGAAAGCUAGUCCUGAUAGAGCUUGACAAACAGCGUCUCCCGCUUUUUCCUGAAGACAGUUGGUUCCCUACCAAGGUGGAAGUGAAAUCGCCUGAGGGAGACACCUACAACUUCCCUGUCUACCGCUGGAUCACUGACAGUGCGGUGUACCGCUUCAGAGAGGGAAGAGCUCUGACAGUCUUUGAUGACACCCAUCAUCUUGGCAAGUACAGUCGACAGCAGGAGCUAAAGCAGCGAGAGGAAGAUUACCGCUGGGAUGUGUAUAAAGAAGGAAUACCCCAUUGUAUGAAAGCAGACAACCCUCUCUCUCUGCCUUGUGAGGUCCGCUUCUCCUUCACCAAGACCUCAGAGUUUUUAUUCACUGCAGCCUCAGGACUGACUGAGCUGCAACUUAAUGGAUUGGCUCGUUGCGAAAAGAACUGGACUGAUAUUGAGGACAUUGAACGGGUGUUCUGCUGCAAGCGGACUGCCAUAUCAGACUAUGUGCAGGAACAUUGGAAAGAGGACGCCUUUUUCGGCUACCAGUUCCUCAAUGGGAUCAACCCCAUGCUAAUCCGACGCUGUUCAGUCCUACCGGAGAAUUUCCCUGUCACUGAUGGCAUGGUCCGCCUCCCUGAUCAAUGUAGCUUGGAAGAUGAAAUGAAGAAAGGAAACAUAUACCUGUGUGACUACAAGCGCUUGGAUGGAGUGGAGGCAAACAUCAUCAACGGGAAGAAGCAGUACUUGAUGGCUCCCCUCGUCCUGCUCCACAAAACACCUGAGGACAAGAUGAUGCCAAUCGCUAUCCAGCUGAAGCAGACUCCAGGAGAAGACAAUCCCAUCUUUUUUCCUACUGAUUCCGAGUACGACUGGUUGAUGGCCAAGAUUUUUGUGAGAAGUGCAGAUUUCAGCGAACACCAGCUCAAUGUUCACCUGCUGCGCACUCAUCUUCUGGCUGAAGUGUUUGCUGUGUCUCUGCUGCGCAAUGUGCCCAUGGUGCAUCCACUGUACAAGCUCCUCAUUCCUCACACUCGCUACACCCUGCAGAUCAACUUCUUGGCUCGACUUGCUCUAAUAUCUGAGACUGGUGUUUUCACACAGUUUUCAGCUUCUGGUGGAGAAGCAAUGUUCCCAAUCCUGAAGAGGUCACUGUCCUCAGUGACCUACAGCUCCCUCUGCAUACCAGACGACAUCGCUGAGCGUGGACUGGAGGCUGUGCCCAACUUCUAUUACAGAGAUGAUGGACUGAAGCUUUGGGAGAUCAUCCACAGGUUUGUGCAGGGAAUCCUCAGCUACUACUACAAGAGGGAUGCUGAAGUCCAGCAGGACUCUGAACUACAGAAGUGGAUUUCAGACAUUUAUGAACAUGGAUUCCUUUCCCAACCCUGUCCAGGAAUUCCAAAGAGCCUUACCACAGUGGUUGAGUUGAUCAAGUUUGUCACCAUGGUGAUCUUCACUGGCUCAGGACAGCACUCAGCUGUGAAUACUGGACAGUAUGACUAUGGUGGCUGGAUGCCCAACACUCCCAUCUCCCUGCAACUUCCUCCACCAACCACCAAGGGGACAACAAGCGAGGCCACCAUGCUGCAGACGUUCCCUGAUGUCAAUGUGACAGUUCAGGGAAUGUCCACAGUGUGGUUACUCAGCAAGCAGUCCUCUGACUUUAUCGCCCUGGGAAAUUACCCUGAGGAGCAUUUCAGCGAGGAGAUUCCCUGCAAGCUGAUAAAGGAUUUUCAAGGAGAGCUCCAAUCCUUGAGUGCAGAAAUCAAAGCCAGAAACAAGAGCCUUGACGUCCCAUACACAUACAUGGAUCCAGGAGAGGUAGAAAACAGUGUGGCCAUUUAAAUUUCAGAUAGUGUGACCUCAUCAGCUCUGUGUUACCAAAAAGUGAGGAAGGGAGAACUGUAUGAUCACUCCUCUGAAUGUGGUCAAUAUAUGAUGAUCUGUGAUUUUUAAUCCAAUCCUCUUAGUUUUAGUUUGUGAAUAUACAGGACAUCUUAUAAGAAUACAUGAAAUGCAAAAUCUGCUGCUGCAAUGACAAGUUUCUUAUAAACAUGUAACUUUCAUUAAAAAAAUGUGAAAAAUG